AUGCCGAAUCCAGCUGCUGUUGCUGCUGCUGCUGCUGCUGACGGUGAAGGUGCUUCCCAUCUUAGGCCUCCUGCGGUAACACGUCCCCCUGGACGACCUCGUAUUAAACGAAUCGAAUCACAAUUUCAAAAUGUAAGGUCGUUACACUAUGAGGCUGAAUGGAUAAAUCAGUACAAAGGGAGAGUGUUCAGUUUAAACGACAAGCCUGUGGUGCACAAAAUUUGGCUGUUGAAUGAGGAAUGCCCCAGAUUGGCAAUGUCCAAAGCCUUUGGGGACUACUUUAUUAAGGAUUUUGAACUUAUAUCCGUCCCUGAACUGGAUAAGUUUAUUCCCAACCAAUCUGCAAUGGAUUUUGAUUUUGCACAUUACAUGCUCAACGGUGGGAUGGUAAGAAAGGAAAGCCAAACACCAUGCUCUCCAGCCAAAGAAGCUUACAGGAAGAGGAUCCUUGCUUUUAAGAACAAGUCUAGGAGAUAUAUUCCCCAAUCUCCAGAAAGGAUUCUUGUUGCUUCUGAGCUCCUAGAUGAGUUUUAUUUGAAUUUACUUGAUUGGAGUAGCAGUAACAUUGUCGCUAUCGCUUUUGGGAAUUCAGUAUAUUUGUGGAAUGCUGCUAAUGGCGCUACUUCUGCACUUGUUGUGAUUGAUGAGGAAAUUGGGCAUGUGACAAGUGUCAGAUGGGCACCGGAUGGAGUACAUCUUGCUGUUGGUUUAAGUAAUUCCCACAUCCAGCUGUUAGACCCUUCAUCUUGUCGGAUGCUGAGGACUUUGCAAGACGGGCAUAGUUCAAGGGUUGGUUCUCUUGAUUGGAACAAUCACAUACUGUAUUAG